AUGUUCGCAUUACUCACUUUACUGAGUUAUGCAUACGUAGCGAUGGAUGUUGGUAGCGAAUAUGUCAAGAUUGCUGAGCCAACCAUCAAGGGCAUUCCAAAAAUGCGUUUUGAUCCAAAUGGCAAAAAUUGGAGAGCCGCAAUUGCCAUCAGAAAGCCAGAAUUAAUACUCAACUUCACAUUAGACAAUUCAACUGAGAAAGCCGGCAUUAGAUAUGGAAAUAGUGCACUUUCAAUCCUCAAACAUAAGCCAUACAAUGGUUUCGAGUUUAUUUUCCGUGCAUUAGGACGUAUUCUUUCUCCAUUCGUCACCAUGUUCAAUACCACUCCAGCUGAAAUGGCUUCUGUUUGGAUUCAAAACAUUGCCAACCAAUAUUUGAACAAGGAAGCAAUUUGCUUUGCAGUUCCUCAAUAUUGGACAACACACCAACGUAGAGUUCUUACAUCUGCUGUGAAAAACUCAAAUAUUCAACUCGAUAACAUUAUCGAUGAUACUGAGGCUGUUGUUGCUCAUUAUGCGGCCACAAAGUACACAACAUUCGUCGAAUCCCAGAAGAAUGUUCUUUUCGUCGAUAUUGGCGCGACAUCUGUUAAAGCUUACGGAUUUACAUUCCAAUAUGAUACAAAUCACAUGUAUGCUAACCAAUCAUCCUACAACUACACAGAGCUUUCCGGAAGCUAUUACUUUGCCGAAGCCAUUUCCCAGGCAAAGAAUAUCUCAAUGAACAAAGCUCGCAAGAUUCUCAACCAGCCAACCUCUGCUUCUUAUAUCAAAUUGAUUGAGGAGCCAAUUUCCAUUAUGGAAGCUACAAUCGAGUCCGUUGCUAAGGAAUUCAAAGCUAAAUUACAAGAAUAUCCAAUUGGCGAGAAUUCACGCGAAAUCGAUGAAGUUCAAGUCAUUGGUGGUGCUUCUCGCUUUGAUUUCAUCAACAACGUUGUCUCAAAGGCUUCAGGAGUUAAAACAAUUCUCCAUGAGUUCAAUCCAUCCGAAAUGAUUGCUAUCGGUGUCGUUUACUAUCGUUCCAUGUUCGAGGAGAUCAUCCCAAUCCCACGUGUUAUUGUUAAUAAGAUGCAAAUCAGAGAUGUCGAACUUGCUGCCGACCAAACACACGUUAAAUACUGCACAAGAGGCAGUGGAUGCCUUCCAGAGCUCAUUGUCAACACUUCCAAGUGCGAAUUAGUUGAUGUCGUAAUUCCACCUGAAUAUUGCCCAGAAGGAGUCUAUCCAUACGAAAUGCGUUUGAAGCUUACCAAUCAGAACACAUUUAAGACACCACUCUUCGGCAAAGCAUAUGGAAAAUUCACAAUGAACCCACCUUAUCCAGAAGUUUCCAACAUUGAAUGGUGCCUCCACGGAAAGGAUGAUUCCUGCAAGUACAUGACAGCCGAUAGAAACGAGGACUUCCCUUAUUUCUCAAGACAAUCAAUUAAUUUCACAAUUGUUGCUCUUAAUGAGAUUGAUGCUGAAUCGAAGCGCCGCCAUGAGGUAAACAAGGUCAUUGAAUUCAUUUCCAACGUAAAGAACCAACUUGAAAUGGAUCUUGACGCUAAAGGACUUACAAUUGAAUCUCUUCCACAAGAUUUGUACUCCGGAUUCAAGAAAUACGUCUUAGCAAUGGAGGAUGGAUCAAUUACACAGCGUUCUAUCUCUUCUUUACAAGACGCUUUGACUGACCUCAAGAUCAGCACUAAAUACCUUCUCGAAGCUGUUCAAAAGAUGAAGAACCACAGAAAACCAAAGAAGGACGACAUUUUCGAGGAUUUGAAGUCUGAUAUUGAAGGAGAAACAAAGGAAGAGGAAAAACCAAAGGAAGAGGAAAAGCCAAAGGAAGAGGAGAAGAAGGAAGAAGAGAAGCCAAAGGAGGAAGCUAAGACGGAUUUAUAA